AUGAUAAAAUAUAAGAAAGGUGAUGACAUAACAUGUGAGAAUUGUAAAACAAAUAUAACUCCAUUGUGGAGGAGGAGCGAGACUGGCAACUAUUUGUGCAACGCGUGCGGGCUGUACUUGAAAAUACACAAGAAGCACAGGCCAGUGAAGUUCAUGAGCAAAGAAAUAAAACACAGACAGAGACAGUCUGGCCCAAGGAUGCUUCCCGACGGGACAACAGAAGGAUACGAGAUAGCAUACAACGAGAUAGGCGUCCAAAAUACCGCACACAUCAAAGAACACUCCUUCGAAGAUUGUCUCGUAAUAAACUACUCGGAGGAAGAAAUAGACGCGCUCUCUGGGCUGGUUAUGCUGACGGGGAUGCACGGCUCAGUCUGA